UUAUAGGAAAACAAUAUUCUACUUCUACAUUUAGCUAAUCUUCCUGUUAUCAGCGCGAAAUCAUUCAUUAUAAAAACACAAUUUGGUCCACAACACGCAUGAGACAUUUAAUUAAACAUUGCCUAACCUCCCAACAGCCGCAUCAUCAUUGGCUUGUCACUUUUAGCGCAGCCAUUACAGAAAAUCUGUUAUUCCAUUGGCCCAUUUCCGGUUCGGCUCCGCCUCCUCCUCUCAACCCAAACGUUUGAAAUCUUAUCACCACAAUCGCACUCACUGUGAUGUCGUUUGGUGCCCAUUCCGAGUUCGUAUUUUCGUCAAGUGACAAGUGCGUGUGCCCCAAAGUGCAAAACUGACAAGACAAUAAGUGUGUGAUGGUCUCGUAUUGCAACACGACCAACAUGUACCGCCACCAGCAAGCCGUGGCCGCGCCGGCCAACGCGUCCAUGCACUCAUGGUACGCGGGAUACCACCAAGGCCCCCAGAUGGGUCCCGAACAGCAGAUGUGGGAGCCCCAAAUGUGGCACCAUCAUGGGCACAUGCCGCCCCAUUCCGUGUUUGCGGCGAAUAAUGAGUUUCCGGAUUUUGUGCAUUCCGGGAUGGUGCAUAACGACGGGACACAACUUAUGCCGUCGCCGACUGUUUCCGGGAGUGAAAUGUCGAGUCCGGGCGCCGGAAGUGGAAACCUAUCACCGCAUAAUCAGACGCAAGUGGCGAGGCCGCCGCCGGCGAGAAGCCCUUAUGAGUGGAUUAAGAAAACGUCCUACCAGAGUCAGCCCAAUCCUGAACCGGCCGAUUUCGCUGACGCUCAGGACGCAAUCGGCAAAACCCGAACGAAAGACAAGUAUCGUGUAGUCUACACCGACCAUCAGCGAGUAGAACUCGAAAAAGAAUUUUACUACAGUCGAUACAUCACAAUUCGGCGAAAAGCCGAAUUAGCAAACAGUCUGGGAUUAUCCGAACGCCAAGUAAAAAUCUGGUUCCAAAAUCGUCGUGCUAAAGAACGAAAACAAGUGAAAAAACGCGAAGAAUGCAACCAAAAAGACAGUUCAAUAAACAUGGGACAUUUAACACAACAGCAAAUCAUCCACCACAACCAAGCGCAAAUGGGCCAAGCUCUUAUACCCUCACCACUCAUAUGACCGUCUCCUUACGUCGAAUGGAAAGAAGACCAUCUUCAGUGUUUGUGAUGAAAUUGUGUUGUGAUUAUAGCGUUUUUAUUUAUUUUAUCGAGUCACAUCACCUCGGAGAUUAUUUUGCAUAAUACAUAUAAUUUAUCUUUUUGUUACGGCCAUUCUGUAUAUAAUAUUGUAUAAAGGUUUAUCUGUUGUGUGGUAGCAUUUUUAAAACUGUUAAUCAGAGUGUGGCAAGCACGGAUUAUCUAGAAAUUCGCACUUUGUAAAUUUGUACAAAUGUUUAUGUGCCUUCUUGUUGCUUCUUCUUCACUAUACCGUGUAAAUAAAGGUCACUGUAUUCUAAGUUUUGUUGUGUUGCAAAGUAGAAGCCAGAUUGUAACUUAUUUUUUGGUAUCCAGUGAAGAAUAAAUGAUUUUAU